AUGGGGCCCCUCGCCCCUCCAGGGGCCCCGGGGGCCCCCGGGGCCCGGGGGGCCCCCCUCCCGCCCCCCGGGCUGCUGAACCUGGGGAGGACCUGCAGCUUUAAUGUGCUGCUGCAGGCCUUAGCAGCAACAAGGACCUUUGCAACUCUUUAUUCUCCCCAGGUGGGGGCCCCCCAGGGGGGCCCCCCCUUGGGGCCCUGGGGGGCCCCCCCCGCGGGGCCCUGGGGGGGCCCCCCGGCCCCGCAGCAGCAGCAGCAGCAGCAGCAGCAGCAGCAGCAGCAGCAGCAGCAAGGGGGCCCCCUAAAAACCCCUGCAGCAAAAGGGGGCCUCCGCAGCCGCUGGCCGCGCCUGGCGGGCCCAGACCCUUCGGACGCUGACGUGGAGGAGCUGUGGAGGUUCUUGAUAGAGCAAAUUUUUGCGGAGUUGCAGCCCGGCAGGUCCGGAGCGCCGAGCAGCAGCAGCAGCAGCAGCAGAAGCAGCAGCAGCAGCAGCAGCAGCAGCAGCAGCAGCAGCAGCAAGCAGCAGCCCAUCACUUUAUCUGAGUGCAUCCGCUUGACUCUCAGCCACCAGUGCCAGGGGGACCCGGCCAGCGCUGCUGAGGGCGGCCAGCAGCAGCAGCAGCAGCAGCAGCAGCAGCAGCAGCAGCAGCAGCAGCUGCAGCAGGAUUCCCCGAGGACAACAGGGGGGCCCCCUUGUGGGGAGGACCCGGAGGGGCCCCUGUCUUGUCGGGCCACUAGAGCCAGGACGCGGGCAGCAGCAGCAGCAGCAGCAGCAGCUGCUGCUGCUGCUGAUGCAGCAGCAGCACCCAAUGCCGUCGCAGCGACAGCUGCCGCGCAGCACUUACCCCUCCCGCAGCAGCAGCAGCAGCAGCAGCAGCAGCAGGUCUUCGCGGGCUGGCAGCGUGAAGAUAAAGGCUCACGUGGACUUUCCGCUGGAGCUGCAGCACCUGCUGCUGCCCUACCUGAAAGACACUGCCUGCAGCAGCAGCAGCAGCAGCAGCAGCAGCAGCAGCAGCAGCAGCAGCAGCGGGAGCGACAGCGGAGCCAGCACCCGCAGCAGCACUCGCGGCUCCGCAGCGCCGCACGCAAAGAAGCCCGGCGCAUCCCCCCGGAAGCCGGGCAGCAGCAGCAGCAGCAGCAGCAGCUGCAGCAGCAGCAGCAGCAGCAGCAGCAGCAGCAGCAGCAGCAGCAUAGACACAGGUGCAGGGCCCCCUUCAGUGCCUUGCUACGGCCUUCGCGCCGUCAUAGAACACCAGGGGCGUUGUGGGGACGGAGGCCAUUACGUUUGCUACAGGCGGGGGCCCCCGGGGGGCCCCCGGGGGGCCCCCAAGGCCUCAAUGAUGACGUUUGGUGGCUUGUUAAUGACAUUUGCGUCACGCAGAGCUCCUGGGAAGAAGUUAGGAGGACUCAGGCUUAUUUGCUGCUAUAUGAGCGCUGCAGCGAGCAGGAGCAGCAGCAGCAGCAGCAGCAGCAGCUGCAGCAGCAGCAGCUGCAGCAGCAGCAGGUGGAGGGGCCCACGGGCAAGAAAGCUCGGAGAGGCGCGGCCGCCAAGACGCGCCGCUGCCGCGGGGGCCCCCCUUAG